CCAUGCAGAGACCCAGCGGCCAGGGGACCGCCUUUUCCAUCGACUCGCUCAUCGGGACGCCGCCGCCGCGCUCAGGGCACCUGCUGUACACCGGGUACCCCAUGUUCAUGCCGUACCGGCCGCUGGUGCUGCCGCAGGCGCUGUCCCACGCGCCGCUGCAGUCGGGGCUGCCGCCGCUCGCACCGCUGGCCUCUUUCGCCGGCCGCCUCACCAACACGUUCUGCGCCAGCCUGGGCCAGGCCGUGCCCUCCAUGGUGGCCCUCACCACGGCGCUGCCCAGCUUCUCCGAGCCCCCCGACGGCUUCUACCCGCCGCAGGAGCUGCCCCCGCCGCGUGCCACCCCCGACGCCGGCUGCCGGCGGGGCGCCGAGGGCCUGGAGCCGGAGGAACUGCCCCCGGGGCGCGACAAAGGGCCGCCCGAGCCGCCGCUGCACUUCCCGGACCCCUUCCCAGGCCUGGCAGCGGGCGCUGACGCUGUGUGCCCCGCAGACGCCAAGGCGUACAGCUCGGACGAGGAGAAGCUGGAGGUGAAAUCGGCAGCGACGCCGUGCAGCGAACGGGAGGAGGAGAGCUCGGCGGGCGACAGCGAGGAGGAGCCCUUCCUGGACGGGGCGGCCGCGGCCUCUCUGGGCCCCAAGGGGAAGGGGAAGGGCGGCCCCGCGGCCGAGCAGCCCCCGCCGGGCUCCGGGGCCGGGAAGAGCCGCCGGCGGCGCACGGCCUUUACGAGCGAGCAGCUGCUGGAGCUGGAAAAGGAGUUCCACUGCAAGAAGUACCUCUCGCUGACGGAGCGCUCGCAGAUCGCGCACGCCCUGAAGCUGAGCGAGGUGCAGGUGAAGAUCUGGUUCCAGAACCGCCGCGCCAAGUGGAAACGCAUCAAGGCGGGCAACGUCAGCAACCGCUCGGGAGAGCCCGUCCGCAACCCCAAGAUCGUGGUGCCCAUCCCGGUGCACGUCAAUCGCUUCGCCGUGCGCAGCCAGCACCAGCAGAUCGAGCAGGGGGCCCGACCCUGAGCCGCGGCGGCUCUCGGACCCUGGGGCGGGCGGAGCGCCGGCAGCGGGAGGGGCCCGGGGCCGCUCGCACUCCUCUGUACAUGUCCCUUAUUUAUUCCGUGUAAACUCUGUACAUACGGCGGCGCGUCCGUCCGUCCGAGCCGCGGGGAGCGAGGGCCGCCUGCCCGCCCACCGCCCCCCGUUCACGCCUGCUCCUGCCCCGCCGGGCCGGGGCCGCGCUGUUCGCCAGCGCCCGCUCGUGUAUAGCUGUGAUUUCA